UCAACUGCUUGAUCUGAGUUCUACCGAUUUGUUCAGUGUGUUAGCUACUUUUAACUUAUAUGCUGUAGCUUACGUUAAUAUUCUAUAGUAUCACCAUGUCGGUGGCAUUUGCACCUCACAGGCAGCGUGGGAAGGGUGAUAUAACACCCGCUGGAAUACAAAAGUUACUUGAUGAAAACAACCAGCUGAUCCAGUGCAUAAUGGAUUUCCAGAGUAAAGGCAAAACGGCUGAGUGUUCACAGUAUCAACAGAUGCUGCACAGAAAUUUAGUGUACUUGGCGACGAUAGCAGACUCCAAUCAGAACAUGCAGUCUCUCCUCCCUGCUCCGCCCACUCAAAAUAUGCCCAUGGGUCCUGGUGGCAUGAACCAAAGUGGCCCCCCUCCUCAGCCUCCUCACGGUCACAACAUGCCCUCUGAGGGUAUGGUCAGCGGCGGCCCUCCAGCCCCACAUAUGCAGAACCAGAUGAAUGGACAGAUGCCUGGACCUAAUCACAUGCCCAUGCAAGGUCCUGGUCCAGGCCCCAACCAGCCCCCAAACAUGCCCAGUGGCUCUAUGAAUAUGCCCCCCAGCAGCCACGGCUCCAUGGGUGGCUACAAUCACGCUGUCCCUUCCUCCCAGGGCAUGCCAUCUCAGAGCCAAAUGAAUAUGACCCAAGGCCAACCCAUGGGAAACUAUGGGCCUCGUCCAAACAUGAACAUGCAGCCCAAUCAAGGUCCAAUGAUGCACCAGCAGCCUCCCUCACAGCAAUAUAACAUGCCUCCUGGUGGUGGUGGACAGCACUACCAAGGACAACAGAACCCAAUGGGCAUGAUUGGCCAAGUCAACCAGGGGAAUCAUGUCAUGGGGCAAAGGCCAAUGCCGCCCUACAGACCCCCACAGCAAGGACCCCCUCAGCAGUAUCCAGGGCAGGAAGACUACUAUGGGGACCAGUACAGUCACGCAGGACAGGGAGCAUCAGAAGGUAAUGCUCAAUAUGGCCAGCAGCAGGAGGCAUACCAGCAAGGCCCACCUCAGCAACAGGGAUAUCCUCCUCAGCAGCAGUACCCAGGUCAACAGGGCUAUCCACCCCAACAACAGGGAUAUGGUCCCUCCCAAAGUGCCCCAGGACAGUAUCCUAACUAUCCUCAAGGGCAGGGACAGCAGUACGGGGGCUAUCGCCCUCCACAACCCGGACCCCCACAGGGCCAACAGCAGCGCCCUUAUGGUUAUGACCAGGGGCACAUGAGGAAAUAAAGACCCGGGGAUUUGAACCCCUGACUAGCUCUGUAAGAAGCAAAGGUAAUGGUUGCUGUGAAGACCUCAACGUCCAAUCUAGACGCUUGACCACCUAGCCUUAAUUUGCAUUUGUUUUGUUUCUUCUGUCUCUCGUCUGUCUUUCUUUACCCAUCUUUUCUUUUUCUUAAAUUUUUCCUUUUCUAUUUUUUUUUCUUUUUUUUAUUAACCAGGGGUCGAAUUGUAAAGAUAUGAGGUCCAGAAACACAGCAUUCUUAGAUUGUAAUGAGACAGACAGGAGCUCACAUUCUCUGACUGUCCUUAAUCUCUACAAUGUAUGACACUGGUCUUCAUAACCAGUGUGUUUGUUGGAUUUAAAUUUUAUCUUUCAAAUCAUUGUUUCCAAAUUUGCUUCCAUUGCAUUUUCCAUUAAAGUCAAACACAUACUUCGACCCCUGUGUAGGAAUAAAGAGAAUACUGCUGUUCUUCCACUGAAUUUGUCUCACUUGAAAAUUAGUGUCCACUGUUUAAUAAAGGAUUAUCGUCCUCAGCCAUGCUGCUGCUGAAAUCUGAGGUAAAAAGUUCGAAUUUAGAGCUCACAAGUUGUGAGGUUAUGCUGCCAUCUGCUGGUCAAAACCAGUCAGUGCAGGCAUAAAUCACGGUUUGCAGUAUGAUAUGGUUGAAACCACAGAUUUUUGUCUGCACCUUAUUGAGAUUUGUGAACAUAAACUUCUGAUUUUUUAUUUUUUAUUUAUUUAUUUUUGUUUGUUUGUUUGUUUUGAAAAGGUCAGUAUCACGAGGAUGUUGCAUUUCUCUCCACAGGGCCAGUAUGGAAAUUACCAGCAAUGAGAAGUGAUCACAGCAACCAACACAGCUCUGCUCUGAUCUCUAAGCUCUGACCUCUGGUCAGUUACGAAGCAGACUUUAAUGAUGGUUUUAAUCUCUCGGACACAAACACACAAUGCUCAAAAAUACAAGAUACAGUUUCCCCUCUCUUUGGGAUUUUAUCUUUGCUGAUAAGAUGUAGUCAUGUUUAUCAUGUUUGCUGACAUUACGUCAAAGUCAGUGAGUCACCUCUGGUCCAGUAUGUCUCAAAACAGCAAUGCCUUAAAAAUGGAACUGCCUUAUCCUUUAGCAUUGCAGAUUGUGAAAUGGGCUAACAAAAUUUUGGAUAACACAUGAUGUAAAUGUACAGUUUGAAUCUACGUGGUGCAUUGUUUCUCGAUCCUUCAGCUCCCCGAUCAUCAGAAGCAAUAAUGCCAGCAGUAGGUAAUUGUGUGGGGGACAGGGAAAGAUGAAAUGGUGCACCAAGCGAACUUCCAGCUAGGCCAUGGUACAUGUCUUGAUGUAUGUGAUGAUGUAAAAAUAUAUUUUAUGCUUUUUAGAUCAAGCUAACUUUGUAUAAGACAUUGGAAACUAGUACUAAAGCUGUGUUGUUAAUUUCAUCAAGUGUAUGUGUCAAUGUUUUUGUUUGUUUGUUUUUUUUUUUUUUUUUUUUUUUUAAUGCUCUUUAAGAUCUCAUCCAGCACAUUUCCUUUAAUUGUUUAAUUGUGGAAAAAUUAAAUUAAAUCUGCAACAUCAGCAGCGUGAACACCGGAAUACAAGAACAGGAGUUUUUUUUUUUUUGUCAUACACAGUAAUUCAUCAGUAAACAAAUAUGAACAUCAUACUUAUCAGAAAUUUGCUGUAUUCUGUGAGUUCUUUAGAUUUUUUUUUUCUCUUAAAAAAGUGGGCGAGUAAUUUUUUUUUUUUUUCUUUUCAAACCCACAGUACUUGACAGAAUAAUGGUUGUUGGCCUCUAUUUGAUAAAUGUGCCCGAAGAGGUAAUAUGUAGCAGAUGCCACUGCAAAUUGUGAGUAAAUGCUCUCUGGAGCCCUGUUUUUAUUUUUUACUUUUUCUAUACAUGCACCUCAGUCUUGUCCAUUGACUGCAAAUUAGUGAAUGGGGAAAGAAUCCAACUCGGUAUUACAAAUAUAUCUGGCAAGUACUUCAUUUGUUAGUUGAUAACGCUAGUUUGUUCACAGUGCUGGAAUCCCUUCUCCCCUUUGAAUAAACGUCUAAGUUGAUGCCAUUCAAAUAGUGUUGUGUGUGAAUAAAUGAUUGUUACUGUCAAAUAUGUAACAUAAGAUGUGAAAAUAAUGUUCUGAAAUUGAUUCCUUAAUUUCACAGUAAAGACUGGUUGUGCAGUUUUAUAUUACUGGCUUGAUAUCUGUAUUAUGGUGCAUAUUUUAUUGAUUCCCACGUGUACAGCGACAUAAAAAGAGGAAUUCAGUAACCUCCUGGUAUUGUUUAUAUGGUUGUUUUAAUAUUUUUCAUUCUGCACCCCAUUCAAGUGGUGGUCACAUUUGUGUCAUGGCAAUGUAUAACUGUACAUUAUAAUAAAUCGGAAGAAUCUUUAA